AUGACGGAAGAAAAAUAGAAAACUACAGCUACUAUCUUAAGUUAGAAGAGCGAGAUUCUAGGAAAUGUGAAAUUUGGAAAAGGAUGCAUAAUUCACCCAAAUUGCACUAUUUUAGCUGAAGGAGGAGACAUUAUAUUUGGAGAUUAUAACAUAAUUGAAGAAAGAGUUUCAAUCGUAAACAAGAAAAGUAAGGAUCCAGCUAAAAAUAAGAAUAUGUUUAUUGGAUCAUACAAUUUGUUUGAAGUAGGAUCAAAAAUAGAUACUUCUGAUAUAGGAAAUAUGAAUCAUUUUGAACCAAGGAGUAGCGUGGAACAAGAUUGCUAAAUUAAAGAUAAAUGCACCAUAGGAGCAUGUGUUAAACUUCCUUAGGGAACUAUUAUCGAAGACAAAAAAAUAUAUUAUCCUGAUAAAGUAGUAAAAGAACUUAAUUUUGACGAGUAACGCUUCUAAAAGCAUAUAGUCAGUAUGUAUUAAGCUUUAUCUAUUCUUAUACCUUAAAAUAAUCCAGUCAAACAAAUUUGA